UCUAAUUCAGAAAUAAAUCUAGCACCACCCUCACUAAAAUCCUGUAACCGCUCCUGACAAUGCAGAUUAAAUAUUGUAUUUUUUGUGAAUGCAGAACAUGGAGGUAGAAUUACCACCUAAUGUUAAAAUGGUCGGAGAGGAAGGACAGUUCUAUACUGUACUAACUAUAGAGGAUCUACCUAGAGUACAGGAAGUUGUUGAGAGGUCGGAAGACAUAUUUAUCUGUGGUUUGUGUAAAACAUCAUUUGAUAAUAUUCACUUCUUUCUUAAUCACAAACAGACUUGUGGUCAGGAAUUCUUUAGUUUGCCCGCCUUGACCCAAAAUCAGUCGGAAUUAGUUUUUGUUGAAGGUAACAAAAUAAUCAUUAUUGUUACUAUGAAUGUUGAAAUAUUAUUAAACGUGAAUGAUACUCCAAUACAGAUAUUAAGACAAGAAGAAGAAGUCCCUGAUCAGACUAAAAGUCCUGUGACUAGGUCCCAAGAAGAGGUCCAGGAUCCUCCUUUAUCAUCGUCAUCCUCCAUGACCUCCUUGACCUCCUCGUCAUCCUUGACAUCCUUCCAUUUGUCCUCCGAACCUACGAGGACGGAAAACCGAACAUACACCGAAUCUGAAAAAGAUGAUCUUGGUAGAAAAAUUGUUGAAUCCUCUAAGUCAAACCAUACAGAAGAGACGAAUAACAAAGUUAACGAGGAAUUGACUGAAUCUGGUUUAAUUUCUCAAUCUGAUCAAAAUCAGAAAAUUGGUCAAAAUGCCGAUAAGAAAUUCUUCUGUACCUAUUGUAACAAAUUCUUUAAAAAGAGUUUUGACCUCUCUCAGCAUAUUCGCUGUCACACUGGGGAGAAACCUUUCCAAUGUGUUAUCUGCGGCCGGGGAUUCUCCCAGAAGUCGAACGUGAAGAAACACAUGAUAACUCACAAGGUUUGGCCCCAGGGUGGAGAAUGUCGUCCUGAAACCGUGGCGAAGUUGUAUACAGAGAACUCAGCUGAUAAACCAGUCCAGGACGGGUCGGAGCUCAGGGUGGUAGAGACGGAAAAGGAUAUUGCGGGUAAGCGAGGGAGCGUUGAAAUCACUGUGAAGAACGAGUACAGGUGUAUCUACUGUACUGCAAAGUUUAUUAAACAUACAGAAUUCAAAACACAUCUUAAAGAACAUCAGGAUGUUAAAUGCUACCGAUGUAUAGUACCCAACUGUGGAGAACUAUUUAAUAAUGUCGAAGAAUACGUUGAUCAUACAACAGGUCACAAAAACAUGCAGUACAGUUGUCACGUGUGUCCAGACAGGUUUACAGAUUUAAAUGAUCUUAAUCUUCAUCAAUACACUCAUCUAACAGACCAGGAUACCAGAGAGAAACAGGUUUUCGAAUGUAAACAUUGCAAAAACAAAUAUACCUCAGCAGAAUCAUACGACUACCAUCUUCAAACAGACACCCACUCUUACCCCUGUAAUGUUUGCAGCAAAGUGUUUACUGCCGGACGAUAUUUGAGAAAACACAUGGCGUCCUCCCAUACUGAGGGCAGUUUUAAAUGUGAUGUCUGUGGAAAACUUUUAAAGAAUGAUUUCUAUCUCAAAGCGCACAAACUGAUUCAUACUGGAGAGUUACCGUUCUCGUGCACAGAGUGUGGCGCGCGUUUUAAUCGUAAAGAUAAAGUGAAGCGUCAUAUGUUGACACACAACGCGCACAAGAAAUUUAAAUGUCCAUUUAAGGAGCAUAUGAACUGCGAAAAAGAGUUUCACAGAUUUGAUAAGUUAAAACUUCACAUUAUGACACACGGCAACAUCAAGCCUUUUAAAUGUAAUAUAUGUGAUGUUGGGUUUACAAGAAAAGAGCAUUUAAAAGUGCACACUAAUAAACAGCACGGUGCUACUGAUAGUGAAGGUGCAAUCAUAGAUAAAGAAAUAAAAUAAAAUAUUUUCUAAGAGAA